AUGAUGGAGGAGAACAGCUCGGAAAACUCUUCCCUCAACGAUUCUCAGCCCACCACGAAAUGCCACGACAAUAGUCUCGCCGAUUUUCGCAAAUAUCAGAUCGUUCUCCUCGUUUUGACACAAUUGGGAUACGUUUCGAUUGCGGCCUGUCUUCUGGUGGCCUCAGUUUUUAGCGCGCCUACGGGUUAUUGCGAGCAGAACAGGACAAUCGAACAAAUCGACAUAGACUUCCACUCGUUGCUCAUCGAAUGGGAUAUGGCUUGUAUCACUUACAAAGUCCGAGACACCGUAGCGAGCGUGAUCAUGUUUGGCGGGCUCGCCGGCGCCUUUCUGUGUGGAUAUCUGGCUGAUGCGUAUGGCAGAAGACCCACUAUGUUAGGCUGUCUACUAACGAUCGCCCUGGGUUGUCUGGCUGUCAGUCUAAUCGGCGGUCUCAACUGGCUGUUCACCACCUUCCUCCUCGGCAUUUUGGGCGCGGCUUGUGGUGGAUAUAUGGUAGUGAAUUUGACGCUUGUCGUGGAGUUUCUCUGUACGUCUCGAAGUCGUUUACUAGUUGUGUCAGUAAAUGGCUGGCCAAUGGGAAUGACAGCUGUGGCAGCCCUGUAUCGAUAUUCUGGCCACUGGAGACCUUAUUUCUACUUCACCACUGCCUUCACGACAAUUAUCUUCAUUUUGCUGUACUGGUGGUCACUCGAAUCAGUGAGAUGGUUGGCAUCGAAGAAUCGAGUGAAACAAGCUGUAGCCAUUGCCGAGAAGGUCAUCGAUGUCAAUGGGGAUUCCCACGGCUCUCAAUUCCUUCUGCACGUGGCCAGCCGAGGAACAUCACACGAAUCGAAUGAACCAUCACGACACUAUCGAUACACGGAUCUGUUGAGAUACACGAGCAUCCGCCGCCCACUCCUGGCUCUAACGUACUGUUUCGUGGCCUCAUCCAUCGUCUCAUUCGGCUACUACUUCUUUGUUGAUGUCAUCCCGGGCAAUAGGAUCACCAAUCUCGGCGCUAUGGGAUUGUUAAAGCUGUUCUGCGGCCUGAUCCCAUUCAUGCUGUCAUUCAUCGGUCGUCGUCCAAUGGUUCUCGUCUCUCUCGGGGUCGCCUGUGUCUCGAGCUACACCAUUUUAAUACUCUACUACGCGGGUCUCUCGACAACGUGCUGGCUGUACGGUAUGCUGUCCAUCAUUGCCGCUGCUGCUAUCGAUCCGGCGUGGAAGGUGAAUCAUCUCUACUCGACGGAACUCUUCCCAACUAGCGUCAGAUCAAUGGCCCGUGCUGUCUGUAACAUUGGAGGGCGGCUGGGCAGUGUUGUCGCGCCUUGGAUAGCCGGCCUGAGCAGCGUGUGGUUUCUGGCGCCGUACCUCGUGUUCACGGCGUUCGUCUCAGUGCAGUGGAUCGUGACUCUUUGUUGUCUACCCGAAACGAGAGACAGGCCAUUGGUUGAGGGAAUUAUUGAAGAGGAAACGGAACAGAACAAACAACAUCAAUACGAGUGUCGUCCAGUUACCGAGAAGCUCACAAAAUGC